AUGGAUUCAUCCAAAAAAAUCAACAAAUCAAAGUCCCUCCCCCCCAAACCCCUAAGAAAAUCUUCAAUAACAGCGAUAAAGACGUCAAGCGUAAAAACUCAAGAGGCAAUCGAAGACCGUCGCUUGCGAAACUGGCGAAAGUGGUUAGAAAAUCGCGAAAGGACCUGCGACCAUUUGAAAUCCUUGACCGGGCGUAAGUCCGAGGACUUGUUGCUAAACUCCUACGAAAAAAUUCGCCCCAAAAUCGAGAUCCAGAAUCUUCUCGAGGCAGCUGCUGACUCAGUCCUCCCCGAUAAAUCCAAGGCUGACCUCAACUUCUGGACGACUCCGGUGUACCUGAAGAACCGGCGAGACCCAGAGAACCCGGAAAUCGCGCUAUCCCUCACAAAAAAGCGCCUAAAAAUCCCGAGGAUCCUCUCCCGAGUCUUUCUCCCAGAACUAACCCAACGGGAAAAAUGUCUGACUCUCCCGAAGCCCCCGGCGCUCCCCGAGAAGCACAGCGAGUACCUCCGGAGAAAACUGGCGGAAUUAUCCCCCCAGAUAUCUAAAUUAAACCUAAAAAUCGGAGAUGUCGAUCAGGUCGCGGUUGAGGGUAAGAGAAUCCCGGAUAAACAGCGGAUAAUUUUAAAAAUAAACGACGAAGAGAUCGUCUUCGACGAGGACUCGAUGAAGAAACCGCAAUGCACUCGUUUUUCCCUGGACUUUUUCUCGAAGAAGUCCCAACAAUCCGAGAGAUUCAUCUGUCUAGACAACAAAACCUUCGAGAAUUUAAUUUACAAGUGGCAGGAGCCGGUGUCUGACCGUGACAACUUCUCAAGAAUGCAAACAGGAAAGUUCUUUCACUUUGCAAAGCCCUCGGACAUUAUUUCGCCGGGCCGUUGUGGCGAGUUGAUCAUCCGGUACCAGCCGCAGGCCCCGGGGGUCCACCUGGAGUCCGUAAUCCUGGAGACCUUCCCCAGGCUCUCGCAAUCCCCAAUGGUCCUCAGUCUCUGGGGUGUCUGCGAGGAGCCCGGCAGAUUUCCAAACAGAAUAAUUGAUUACCAGGAUUAUCUGAAUGUUCGGUUUCGUAAUUCAGUUGUUUCAGGGAUUAUCGAGGAGAUCUGGGGGAGGGUGGAGUCACCUCCCCCUCGGUAUCCUCCUCACGCCCUUUAUUUUCUGGAGAGGGAAGUCUUCGCGGCGAAAAAUCCGGGAUUUUCUUAUGAUCGCGAGGCUGUGGGAGAGCUCAAGCGGAUGCUCGAGGGACUCGUGCGGAGGGACCCUUGGGCUUUAUCUCUUUCCGAACUCCAGGAUCACAUUCUCCGGGUUCAUGACGCCAAUGGGAGGUCUGAGAUGCUGAAUAAAUUCGGGAAAUUGUGUCGAGGCCUCAGGGGGCACAGGAGAUGGGAAUUAUCGAUCAGUUCGAGGCAUCAAGUUGUGUUUAAUUUAGUUUCCGGGUUUGCGAGUCAAUUCUCGGUGGAGAGCGAGUGUGUGAAGACACUGUGCGCUUGGGGUGCGUUCAAGGUGGAGGGAGUUCAAGACGAUGUAUCAAAGUGCAGUGGGGGGGCGCGUGGCGAAGAGGAGUCCGAGUCAUCGCGGAGGAGGGAACGAGGUCGGGGGAAGGCACUGAAUAGCUCCACUGGCUCCAUUGUAUCGGACAUUCAGGAAUAUUGGGACACUGGGGGUCAAGAGGGGAUUUACGAUGUUGGGUUGUAUCACGAGGUUUUUUGCGCGAGGAUUUAUCAUCUGCUUGGGGAGACUGUGGACAAAAUCUCGGCUGCUGUCGACGGGAUAAAUCAUUUGGGGGGAGGGUUUCAAGGGGGAGGGUAG